UUUCAUAAUAUCCAUAUGUUAAUCAAGCUUGUACUUGAAGAUUAUUACACUUUUGGCAGAAAUGAUUUCUUCUGGUAGUUUUUUUCACCUUUUUGCGAUUCUAUUUGACAUAAAAUUUUUCCUUGAUCUGUAUAUUUUUAUUAGCUCAAUAUCUAUGGGUGAUUAUUUACAGCUGGGCCAUUUGUUAAAAUAGAACUUGCUGUUUUUGGUUGUUGAUACCCAAACCUUUUGUACAAGUUAUAAAAAGUCUUAUAAUAUUGAAUUAAAUCAUAUCUUAUUCUCCUGCUUAAGGAAGUUGGUUGGAGUUUUUUUUAGCCUUUCUUCGUAGGAAGUAAUAUAUAUGUCUUCAUAUAGUUCAACAGCAAGUGCAAAAAAGAUACCUAAAUUAGAUGUGUUAAAUGUAUGUAUUGCACUUAAAACUUUUUAUAAAAAGACUUAUGAGAAAAUUGGAGAACAUCAACCACCAUUAACAACAAACACAAAUGUAAAUAUUUUGAACAAGUUUGUGGAUCUUCAUAUAGUUGAUGCAGUUAAUGUCCGGAAAGAUAUUAUUAUUGCUGAUCGUGAAUAUUAUUGUAAGAAACAAAAAAGUUAUGAAGCUAUUUCAUAUGAUGAGUUAUUUAGUAAAGAAGUAUCUUUAACUUUAAUUACAGGGAUUGCUGGAAUAGGAAAAACAUGGCUGCUACGAAAAUUAUUGCUUGAUUGGUCAAAUGGCACAAUUUUAAACAAUUUUGAUCUUGUAUUUUAUUUGGAUGGCAAAAUGCUUAAUAAUUGCCAUAAUAUUUCUAAUAUAAAUGAUUUACUAAGACAUUUUUACAAAGAUAUUUUACUGGACUUUGACGUUUUUAAACAGUCGACAAUAUUUAUAGUUGAUGAUUUAGAUGAAUAUCAAUAUUUUGAUAACAUUAUAAAGUGUCAAUUUAGUUUAAUGUUGAACUCAGCUAGAAAAUUGUGUGAUUUGUUGACAACAAUUUUAAACAACAAAGUAAUUGUUGCUGGAAGAUUAAAUGCAAUAUGGAACUAUGAAAAUAUAGUUGCAGAUAAAACUAGUAAGUUAAUCAUUCAAGUAAUGGGGUUCAACCAAAAUGCAAUAGACUAUUAUAUAGAAAAAAAUGUUAAUAAUGAAGUAAAAGAAAAUGUUAAAAGAGUUCUUAAAGAAUCUCUGAUUGCAAAAGAAAUGGCAUUUGUUCCUUUUUAUUUAUCUUCAAUCUGUAAAUAUUUUGAACUGAAAAAUAGUAGUAAUUCUAUUUUUUCAACAAUGACAAGUUUGUAUACUAAUAUUUUUUUUUACUUUUGGCAAAAGCACAUCAACAAAAGCAAUGAACCAGUUUAUAAGAUAUUGCAAAAUUGGAAAACUGAAAAGAAAAUUUAUUAUCUUUCUAAAUUAGCGUAUUAUUUUUUCAUUAAUAAUAAAAUAGUUUUUUCUGGGAAAGAAUUUUUUGGAUAUAUGGGCAAUUUUGACCAUAAAAACGAUUUAACAAAUGAUUUUAUUGAAUGUAUUGAAACAAAUCUUGGUUAUCGCUAUCGAUUCGUAAACGUGGCAUUUUUAGAUUUUUGUGCCUCUGUGUAUGUAUAUAAUAACUUAAACAGUGAAGAGAUUAAGUCUAAUAAAAAGUUAUAUAACUUGUAUCCUAUAAUAUGUGGGUUGUUAAAUAGAAACGAAGAAAGCUUUAUACCAUUACUAGCUGACACAAAUUUGAGUGAAAGUAGAUUUAAACCUGAGUCAGAUUAUUAUGAAGAAACAUCUGAAACAAGUCCAACAAAAAUACAGACACCUUUAAUGUAUAUUUUAGAUUUAUUUCCAACGUUCCCAUAUGGUCUUAAGAAAAUAUUCAUGACAUGUUUUUAUGAAUCUCAAGCAACGAUAACAGAUGACAUAAAAGAAUCAAUCGAUAAAAGUUUAUGUCAGAUUUGGAUUCUCAAUAAAACAUUUUAUGAAGUUUCCUGUCAAUUUUAUUUUGUAGAGCAGUUGAUAAAUUCAGGAAAAAAGUUAGAUUAUUUAAUUGUUGGAAAAAGUAAACAUAACAAAGCAAAUUUAACAAAACUUGAAGAAAAGUUAAUAAUGAAAUGUUCAACGAAUGUUGUUAAUGUAACCUUACGAAUUCCACUUAAAAUCGAAUUUUGGAAACCGAUGAAUAAAAUUGAAUCAUUGUUCAUCGACUGUUUUUUAACUCUGAUAUCAAAGGAAGAGUACGAAAAUUUCCUCCCUUGGUUUAAUCUUUGCGAAAAGCUUUUUAUUCAUCUUCACGAAGACACCAAUUUUUUGAAUGAUAUAUAUGAAUGGGUUUCACUUUUGAACCUUAAAAGAUUAGUGAUUUCAUACCGCAAUCACGUUUUCCGAAACCUUAAGAGUUUUAAAGAUUUUUUAAAUAACGCAAAAAAAAUAAGUUCAUAGAAAACGCUUUUAUUUGUGCUUUCGAAUCUUUAUAACUUUUCAUAAGGAUGAAAUAUUAUUUUUUGAAUGGUAAUACUUAUUAAGAUUUUGUAUUUUUAUUAUUUUUUUUUUUUUAAUAUUUUUUCUAACAAAAUGUUUUUCUAUAUAAACUUUUGUGAUCUUCGCAUUGGCAAUUCUGUAGCAUUGUGGGUUAAUUAGUAGAUAAUCUGUACCAUAGCAAUUUUAUAACUUAAUAUAUUUUUAUUUAAAAUUUGACUGCAAAAUAAACCAUUUUAAAAAUUAAAAAAAUAAAAUUAAGUUACAUGGCUUUCACCUGUUAUGUUGUUUCAGUUGGCAAAAUAUGAAAUAAGUAAUUACUUAUGAAAUGUAUGAAAGAAAUUAUGAAAGAAAGUAAUUAUGAAAUUUUACAAAAUU